CGGGCUCUGGGAAGUGAUUGCUCCCUGGCAGGUGCUGGCAAACUAAAGCACAUUCUUGGCCCCAGGAUACAGCUCUGGGAAACUGCCUUUGUCUCCUAGACUCUGACUCGGAGGAAGGCCAUGGAAGGGGAAGGGUUAAGAAACUUCAAGGAACUUCGAGCCAAAUUUCAAAAGUUUGAUGUGCCAUCUCUUCCAGGACCUAUUAAAUUCUCAGCAGGCGUUCCUCAAAAGGGUGAUAUUGGAAGCACACAAUCAACAAGAAUUUUGGCCAAUGGGAAACUCCUCUUGUCCAACCAAAAUCCGCUCCCACCAUGCUGUUCUAGUGUGGAACCCCAGCUUCUAAAACCCCAGGAAACAAAGUUAGCCCAGAGGGGUGAGAUUCAGAAAUGUUCGAAUUCCCCAGGACCUCCGGAAAGGUCUCCUGGUUCUGCAGUAAAUUCCCAGAAAACUUCUUUCCUGUUAGACAUGAGUCAGUCGAAUGCCGAGAUAACCAACAAAAGGAGAGUCGUGGUGAACAAGAGCUUCAAAGAUAAGCUCUGGAACUGGGAGAAGGUUUCAUCUCAGAAGAGUGAGUUGUCUUCAGCCUCUCUCCUUGCCAGUUGCGCACGCAGGGCCUUCCAUCUGGAGGAGGAGAAAAGCAGAGGGCUUCCUCCAAAGGAACCCAGGAGAAAGCUGGAAAUAAAAGGACCACAGACCCUGCCUUCCCAGAGGCACUUGAUGGCCCAAAGAGAAUCACUUGCCUCUCCUGAAGAUCCCACUUUUCUACUUGUUCAACAUGGCAGGAAGAGCCUAGAAAAUCCUCUUCCUGAGAGGAGCCCAGUGAGGGGCUCCUGCCAGCCUAUCUAUGAGAGUGAACUUGCCAACCAGGCCCCAGAAAAACAGCCAGUUGAUAGGCAUCACCAAUUUCUCAAAAUGAAACCACUGCCUUCCAUCAAGUCCCUGGGUCCUCCUCCCCCAAAGCCUCCGAAGCCCCCAGUCGUGAACCUCCAGGCCUUCCAGAGGCAGGCAGCUGCAAUUUCCAAGGCCCACAGGGAAGCAGCCGUAGAAGAGACCUGCCUGCCUCCAGAGAGUGCUGAAUUUGAAGAACCACAUAAUUAUGAGGCAACAAUUUCAUAUCUGAAACACUCUGGCAACUCCAUUAACCUGUGCACUGCAAAAGAAAUUGCUGAUUCAACUUACGAAGUCGAAAUUGAAGAACCCCGAAAGCCUUGGAAGAAUGGUCUCCAUCAAGAACUUCGCCCUAAACAUGAAGAUGAAGAUGAAGAUAAAAAGGAGAAGGAAAAAGAGCCACAUGAAUUGGAACCUCAAAAACCAGAAAAGGAUCUACCUUCAAGCCAUCUCUUCAAGGGGGCUGCCCGUGGAGGGAUGCGGGGAAGAAAGCAGGUGAUGAAAGUCCUCGGAGGCAGCAGGAGAAUGCUGCCCAGGAAGCAGGGCCCUGUGAGCGAUGCUGUCCAGACAAAGGCCUGGCCCCAAGACCCGAAGCUGGCCAGGCACUCCCUAGGCCACUGUGGGUAUGUGGAGGCCUUGGAGGUCACUACAGAAGCUCUAGGCAGCGGGGCCUGUAAGCCUCACUCCAUCUCAGAGGAGACCUAUGAUGAUGUUGAGUACCCCGGGAGAGCGGGACCACAGUCAGACCUCUGUAACUCAUUUGCUUCCGAUAAUGAAGAAAAUAGUGAAGAAGUAUAUGAAGAGGUCUAUAAAACAAAGAGCAACUACCCAGACAUAGAUUUAGAUGGAAAAGAAGCACUUAAAAGACUGCGGAAAUUCUUCAAGAAAGAAAAGGAUAGGUUUAAAAUGAAGAAAAACAAGUUGAAAGAAAACAUGAGUGCAUUUUCAAUUUCGAUGCCUGAUUUAGAACUUAGGUCUCAGGAAGUUAUUAUCUAUGAUAAUAUGGACAUAAAUGAAAAAGAGUCAAGAGAGGAAGAUAAACUAAAAACUUGGAAACCCAAGUUUUUGAUGGCAAAGGAAAAAAAAGAGAGAAAAGGUGCUGAAGAAUCAGAAAGAAAUUUCUUCAGAACCAAGAAGCAAAACUUAGAAAAGAUGAGAAUGGAAAAAGAAGAAAAACGUUUUCGAGAACAAUUUAAGUAUGACAAAGAGAUUACUGUCAUCAACACAGCAGUGGCAUGUUCCAGUAAUUCAAGAAAUGGAAUAUUCGAUUUGCCAAUAACCCCUGGAGAAGAACUGCAAGUCAUUGAUACCACUGAAGAAAAUCUAGUGAUUUGUCGCAAUUCCAAAGGCAAAUAUGGAUAUGUACUAAUUGAACAUCUAGAUUUCAAGAAUCAAGGCUGGUCACCUUAGGAAGAUCAAGCUCCAGUGGUCUAAUCUGAGACCUCAGUACUGCCUCACCUCAUGUUCAGUUCGCUGACGUCAAAUGGGAUGGUGGGAUCUGUGGAAAUGGAGAAGAGAAAAACAAAUCCUCCACCACAUUCAGAUGUUGGUUUUACUCCUAAAUGGUUAUCUUUCAAUGUCUAUGUCAGUAUCUGUUUCACUGCUGGCUCAAGAGAGUGUGAAACAGUGUGUGUUAGCAUUUGAGCAUUUAUUUAAUGAGCCAUAGCCAAAGUUGGAAAUCACGCCUUAUGGCACCUAGGCAGCUGUGCAGAUGGUUAGUUUGCUUCUAAUAUUAGUACACGACUGUUUAUAAUUUCUAGAAGAUGUUGUGCAUUUAAAUUGGGUGUAAUUCUGAAAAGUAAAUAGUGUAACCAAGGUCUUUAAAAUACUCAGAUUUAAAGCAUAAUCUUAAAAUGUAAUUAUGGCUCAGUCUAUAAGUGUCCUCCUUUAUCGAAAAUAUCAGACAAAUGCUGUUCAAUAUUGGCUUCUUUUGGGAAUAGGAUGCUGAAAAGUAAUUUAUUCCUAAAGGAAGGGCCUAAAUAUAUUUAACACAAUUUAAAUAAUAUACAUAUGCUGUCAAUUUAAAACAUCCUGUUGUCCAAAGAAAAAUAAUUCUACGCCUGAACACCGAGUCAAAUAGAAUUAAAGAAAAAAUAAAAGCUGUAAAUAACAUUCUAUUUUUACAUGCUGUGCACUGCCUAUCCAUGAGAUAAAUUCUACAGAGGCAUACAGCUGUUUUAAAAUAUGUUGGCAUUUUCAACACUGAACAAUUUUGCUCCAUUGUAUUUUUUUUUUUUUAAGAUUUAUUUAUUUGAGAGAGCAGACUCUGCGCUCAGCGUGGAGCAUGAUGCAGGCCUCUAUCUCAUAACCCCAAGAUCACUAUCUGACCUGAAGCCAGGAGUCAGAUGCUUAACCAACAAGCCACCCGGGCACCCCUUUGCUGUGUUCUUUAGCCUUCAAGGGUGUGAUGGAAUUGGUCCCAUGACCUCAUUCUUUAUACUGUGAGAUUUUUUAAAUUUUAUUUUAAAUUAACAUACAGUAUAUUACUUUCAGAAGCAGAGUUCAGUGACUCAUCAGUUGCAUGUAACACCCAGUGCUCAUUACAACACGUGCCCUCCUUAAUGCCAUCACCCCCCACACCUCCCCUCCAGCAAUUCUCAGUGUGUUUUCUAUAGUUAACAGUCUCUUACGGUUUGCUGUGAGACUGUUUUUUAAGCUUCUAGGUACUUACCAAUAAAAGCCAGGCAGCAGAAGUAUUCACACAUGAAAGGGGAAUAUGGCAGAAUACAAGAACUCUAGGCUCGUUUCAUCCCACGAAUACAUCAUCCUAAAUACCCCAGAAAUUGACCUGAAGACUGGCAGAACAAACGCCACAAUUAAAGGUAGAGAACAAGGUAGAAAGUACAGAAACACAGCUUGGGAGAGAAAUGGAUCAUGGCCGCUGUGGUGGGAAGGGAACCACAGUUGUCUGUUGUCAAAAAGGGCAAGAUGAAUUCCCAGAGAAAUUGGCUUGGAAUGGGAGUGGAGCCAAAUUCCAGCAGGGCUUAAAGCCUGGAGUUUUAAAGGUCAGUGUGCUUGGCUCUGAGACAGCAUGGAGGAUACUGAGGCUGCUCUUGGAGAAAAGAAGAGUGUGGAAACAGCCAUCUGAAGAGUAUCUGGGGCACACAGUAGGGAGGUUAGUUGCUUAGCUCUAAGCAUGUCUCAGUGAGACAGCAUUCAGGGCAAGACCCCUCCAGGAACAAAGGAACUGACAGGUGCCAUUUCCCUCCCCUCCCCUUCAGCAUAAGCACAGAGCCACCUGCAGGAACCAGCACAACUCAAUACUCACUACCUACCUUGCUUACACCAAGCCCCACCUACCCAAGCUCCGGAAGAACUACUUUUCCUAGUCCGCUCAGUAGGGUGGCAAGUCCCAUCCCCUAGAAGACCAGCCCAAACCCCUGGCAACACCCCAUCUCCCAACCUGGGAGUUUUGUGAGACUUCAAUUCCAGUGGCAACAGUGACAGGUCUCAUUUCUAGUUAAAAACACCACAUUCAGGCCAGGGCCACAGCCCACAAAAAGCAAAGAGAGCCUCUGCAGACAACUGGCCUGAAGAUAAAGCAGCCAGAGCUGUGGAGACACUCCCAGAAGUGCCAGGCCUGGAGAACAGGGGAUACUACACUGCAGGAUACUAUAGGACUUCAUAAAGCUAUUACCCUCAAGAAUAGGAGAUGUAGCUCACUUUCCUAACACAGAAACAGGUAUAGAGACUUAGGCAAAAUGAGAAGAAACAAGAAUUUGUCCCAAAGGAAAAAAAGGACAAGCCAUGGCUGGAAAUCUAAGCAAAACAGAUACAAGUAACAUGCCUGAUAGAGAAUUUAAAGCAACAAUCAUAAGGAUACUCACAGGACUUGAGAAAAGAGCGGAGGUUAUCAGUGAGACCUGUAACACAGCAGAGAUAAAGGACUCAAUAAAUGAAAUGAGAAAUAUGCUUGGUGGAAUGAACAGCAGGCUGGAGAAAGCACAGGAAUGAAUUAAUGACCUAGAAGACAGACUAUGGGAAAGUAAUCGAGCUGACUACAAGAAGAAUUAUACAGACUUAGGGAACUUAAUGACUCCAUCAAACAUAACAUUCAUAUUAUAGGCGUCACAGAAGAGAGAGAAAAGGGGGGUAGAGAAUUUAUUUGACAAAAUAGCUGAAAACAUCCCUAAUCUGGAGAAGGAAAUAGCCACAUCCAGGAGGCACAGAGAACCCCCAACAAAGCAGAUCUAUACCAAGACAUAUUGUAAUUAUAACUCUUAAAAGCAGCAAGGCAAAAGACUGUUAAAUACAAUGGAAACCCCAUGAGGCUAUCAGUGGAUUUUUCCGCAGAAACUUUGCAAACCAGAAGAGAGUGGCAUGAUAUUCAAAGUGCUGGAUGGGAAAAAUCAGCCAAGAAUACUCUAACCAGCAAGGCUAUCAUUCAGAAUACAGGAGAGAGAGUU